GCUUAUGAAUUUGUAAAAUAAUGGAGACUCAGAACAGCUUCAUCCUUUCCCACCAUCGACUACCCCAAGAAAAUUCUUUUCGAUAUCCUUCUACACCUCAAAACACAUUUACUUACAUUCAAGAAGCUUCCUUCUGUACUUCUGAUCAAUCUCUCCACAUAGCGCUCGUAAUACCAAUCCUUGAAUCUUUAAAGCGAUCAUCUUCUCCCGAUUCCACGAAUUUCGAAUCAUCUUCGACAAACAUUCCCAAAAUUUGGAAAACCCCGCGAUUUCUGUGAUAGGACUCUAUUCUGCUAUUUUUCACCCAAUUUUGAACUUUGUUCGAACCCAUCUGCGACAGUCCAUCUCAUCUGUCUAAAUUUUCUUUAAAAAAGCAUCUCUCCGAGACCCCUCUUAUCUUCUAAUUCUUGUGAGGUUGACAAAAGUCUUCCUUCCCCACCUUUUCUACAAUCAUGGCCGCCAAUGGUACUUUCAAUCAACAAGACCAAUACAAGUCAACCGAACAAUAUCCAGCUACUUCCGGUGCCGCUGGUUCUUCAACCGGAGGUGCUUCCGGUGGAGAGCUCUCUAAAGAUGAAGUUGGAUGGUACUUUGUUGAGCAAUAUUACACUACUUUGAGCAAAUCUCCAGAAAAGCUCCACCUCUUUUAUGGAAAGGCAUCUCAAUUCGUUUCUGGUGUCGAGGGAGCUCAAGCUCCAGUAUCGGUUGGCCGAGCUGGUAUCCAAGAACGCAUUCGCGAACUCGAUUUCCAAGACUGCAAAGUUCGUGUCACCAAUGUCGAUUCCCAAUCCUCCUUCGAUAACAUCGUCAUCCAAGUUAUUGGUGAAACUUCCAACAAGUCUGCCGAGCCCAAGAAAUUCGUUCAAACUUUCGUUUUAGCUCAGCAAGCUACCGGUUAUUUCGUUCUCAACGAUGUCUUCAGAUAUAUCAAUGAUGAGGGCGAAGAAGAGCAAGUCGAGGCUACUGAGGCCAAGGAAGAGUCUGCGCCAGCUCCAAUUGCUGAAGACGUCGAAAUGCCAGCUGCACCAACUGCUGCUGAGGAAUCUGCAGCUCCAGAAGCCACUUUAGAUGCCGAGGUCAUUGACAAGAAGUUGGAAGAGACCAUCGAGGCUGAGCCCGCCACUGCCGAGCCAACCACAAAUGGAGAAUCAACCGAGGCUGCUGCUGAAGUUGAGGAGAAGCCAGAAGAGCCAAAGGCUGAGGAGCCAGCCCCUACAUCAGAGGAUAUUGAGAAGGCUGUUGAUGAGGAAGUCAAGGAACCCGAAAAGCCAAAGGACCCCGUUCCAACUCCAGAGCUUUCAAGACAACCUUCUGCCGCCAAGCCAGCUCCCGUUCAACCCGCUACCCCAGCUAAGCCAUUGAGUUGGGCUGCCCGUAUUGCAGCUUCAGCUGGCACUGCACCAAAACCCGCUGUUCCAGUUGUGCAACCAAAGGCCGCCGCUCCAGCUGCACAAAAGCCCGCUGCUGCCGCCGCUCAACCAGCUAAGCAACCAACAACCCCAGCAACAACCGCUGCUACUCCAGCUGCUGAGAAGAAGGAUAACUCACCAACAGGCUCUGCCGGAUGGCAGACCGCUGGAGGUGAUGCCAAGAGACAGAACAGACCUCAAUCCAUCUCUCAGCAAGCAACAGAAGACAAGGGAACUUUGGGAUACGUUCGCAAUGUCAACGCUUCAGUCAAGGACGAUGAAUUGCGCUCAAUCUUGAGCUCUUUCGGCGAGUUGGUCUACUUUGAUAUCAACCGCGCUAAGAACUGUGCUUUCGUCGAAUACGCCAAUGCCUCCGGUUAUCAAGCAGCAGCUCAGGCCAACCCCCACAAAAUCGGUGAAGAAACUAUCUACGUUGAACCUCGCCGACCAAAGGCUUCUGCAUACGGUGGAAAUGGUUACUCUGGUGGUGGACGUGGUGGGUUGAACCAACGUGGCCGUGGUGGAUUUGAACAAGGUCGUCCUGGAAACCAAUCUCGAGGCAACUUUGGUGGAGCAAACCGUGGACGUGGAAAUGCCAAUGGACCAAGAGGAGGUCGUGGUGGAGCCACUCAAGCAGCUUAAAUGCAAAUAUCAACAAAAACACCUUAAAAGUUAAAACGUCGCAUUCAUCACCCAUCACCAGAGCAUGGAACCUUCGACGAUGUAUCAUAUUCAGUCACCUUGGAUCACGAGACCAAGACCCUUCUACCUUGUACUCUAUUUGAUCACGAAAACUUCUCGGGGCCUUUCUUUUCAUAUUCAUGCUUUUAGGACAGCAAAAGUUCAGCAACUUGAUUAUUGGCUCAUAGUUUCUGCGGUAUCAUGCUUUAUGAAUAGCUUUAUGCUUUUCUUUUUCACGUUAAAAAAUUUGAGGAUGGAUUGGGUGCACUUUUUUUUUUAUGGAUCACAGAAUUUACGCAAUUUAUGAUGUACUCUUUUGUCUGUCUCGAUUAUCUGGCAUUGCAAGAAUUUGAUUUCCCAUACGCACUUUCAAUUUGCUCUCUUUUGCCAUACUACCUAUUCUUCGAUUUCACAUCCUUUGAGUUAUAAUGCAUAGCAUGUUUUGAUGAUUAUGGAUGGAUGGAUGGGGUCGGUAAUGGAAAAAAACAUGUGUUGAUGGGCUAUACCCACGUACGUUGGGCGGGGCUCGUAUGGUGGCGACGAGUGGAUGGAAGGAUUGGCAUGAAGUGGGUUGAGAACGGGUGGCUGGAUACUCCGGUGUGUAGACAAAAUCUAUGCGUUGCUGGUGAAUACUGAGCAACCUUUGGCUAGUGGAAACACUCUUGCUAAUGAGUUUGUGUGGGCAGUAGAGGGAAUGGAAAGUGGAUUCAUGGUAGAUAGGAUUGCUAAACUGGGGUGUGUAACAGGCAGAAGGAAUAAUAAAAUUUACGAAAUUCGAUGAUGAGAUACGAUGAUGUUUAGUGAAUGAGUGAUUGAGUGAUGGAACUAGUAAAUGAGUAUCGAAACUUCAAGACGGAAUGAGAACGUAGAAGAAAAUAAGCGAGAUGAUGAAAUGGUUGGUGAUAAGAACA